CGAAAAAAAGAGAGCCGCGUAUUUCACAGAGGCGGAGUUGGAAGUUUUAAUGCAUGCUUAUGAGGAGUUUAAGCCAAUAAUAUUAAAAAGAAGCAAUACAGCUGCAUCGGCUAAAGCAAGAGAGUUGGCUUGGCAAAAAAUAACGGACAGAGUAAAUGCGUGUAAUCCUUCUGGAGCCACAAGAACUUUAAGCCAAGUCAAAAUGAAACACAAAAACAUUCUGCAAAAAGCUAACAGAAAAAAGACUGAAGCCCGUCUAACUGGCGGGGGGCCACCACCACCUCCCCUCACCCCAUCUGAGGAGCUGGCUCUGUCCCUUAAUAAAGGGCGACCAGUGGUUGCUGGCAUUCCAGGGGGCAGUUCAUCACACAUACUAUGCACCACAAGUGAUGGUGAAAAAAGGGUGAAAUAUACUGAUGGACGGAUUGUAUUAUUGGACUCUCCAGAAAGAACACAGUCUGUCACAGUUGAUGAAGAUGAUGAUGACGAUGAAGAGACCACAUCUGCUGUGACAGAAGUGGACAAUGCUGGUAGAUCCACUGAGUACAUACCUAGGGAUUUGCCCACAGAUGAGGGUCCUUCAGCCUCAGCACACAAUCUAAGCAGGUUGCCAGCAAAGGAGCUGUAUAAGGUCCAUCUUCAAAAACAAAUAAGAAAAAGUGACAUGGAGAUGGACCAUAUACAGCUUCAAAUGGAAGAGAAAAGGCUCCUCAUUAAAAAAGCAGCACUUGAAAUAGAAUUACUUGAGAAUCGCCUUAAGGUGAGAACUUGUCUGAAUAUUAAUCUGUUGCAUGUUAAAAGUGGUCUGUCUGUCUCUAUCUAUCUAUCUAUCUAUCUAUCUAUCUAUCUAUCUAUCUAUCUAUCUAUCUAGCUAUCUAUCUAUCUG